AUGGCAGAAUCAACCAUGGAUUUGACCAAUCGUCCCCGAACUCGCCAGAGAGCGUAUAAGCAGCCACCAACUCUCGACGUUCCUGACAUCGACCAAGAUGCUGCGGAAAGAAAAAGGGUUCUGAAUGUGUUGGCUCAGAGAAGAUAUCGUGAAAAAAAGCGAUUGAGUCGUCUCAAAGCCAAGUCAACAAGCAACGAUGUGACUCAAAAUUCAGACCCAGAACCAUUUCGCAAUGUUAAUGGAGAGCCAUUUGGAGACGAUAUCAUUGAAAUUCCGAGAACGGUGCAAGACGAUGCGCAGUUCAGCAACCAAGCUGCCAGCAUGUUCAUGCCAACAACCACCGGCGAUGCUGCUGACAUGUUGGCUGGGCUUGAUUUCAGUCUGACAUCGUUGAGUCCCCUUUCAGAAAUGGCACUUCCAUCUGUUUUGCCAGAUGUCAACAUUCUUCCAGAAUUUUUAUGCGAAGAAAGCAAUAGCGAUGAAGCUUCAGCAGGAGCUUCCAGAGGAUUAACGACACAUUUUGACGGGCCUGAUCUAACCACAUUCCUCGAUACACCCUCAUUCAGCACUUCGCCUGCUGCCUCAACAGAGAGCUUCCCUGACAGCUACAACCUCCCUGUGCUACAGCUCGCGCUGCUCAAGGGCGUUAUACUCAUCGCAGAUCGCCUCAAUUGUAAACAAGGUCUGUGGGAUCUGGAUGGAAUUUCGGCUUUUGUCACAGGCGUUGCGACGCCAGCAGCUUUGCUCCCUGCAAACUGGCGGCCUACUCCUCUACAAAGCUCGUUGCCGCACCAUCCAGUGUUUGACCUUCUCCCAUGGCCAGGCGUCCGAAACCGCGUCAUUUCCAUUCUAUCAUUACCUGAUGAGUUGCGGCCACCGAGGGCCCGGGGCGAGCUAGCAUGUGUCAACUUUGCAUACGACCUGGAAGACACGGCUGAGGGAGUCCGGAUCCAUGGUGAAGACCCGUAUGACCCUGGAAGUUGGGAACUGGGGCAGAUUACAUUCGAGAGGUGGUGGUUCCUUUUCGAUAAUACUAUUAUCAACACAAGUAAUCGAUGGCGAAGGGCGAGAGGGGCACCACCAUUGCUUCGUAGAAGUGAUGAGAGUUCUAGUAAGAACUCGAGUUCAAGUACAUCACCAGCCAUGAGUGUUUAA